CAAAUGCACUAGCAGCACCUAAAAUAUGCCCUUUUUAGGACUCUCUAUCACCUCACAUCUCUCUCCCUUUUGUGAGCAAAAAAAAAACUUUUCAAAUCAGGCUUAUCCUUCCUUUGACGAAUGAGAUAAAUACCGCUAUACACCAAAUACUUAGCAGACGAAGAAAAAGAAUUCAGGGACUCAUCAUGUACCAUCAACUCAGUGUUGGCACUUUGUCGCAGACGUCAAUAUGAGUCCCCCCAGAAUCCUCUUCAUCGACGCAUAUGAUUCUUUCAGCAACAACAUAGUCUCUCUUCUGGAAACGACUUUGGAUGCUCAAGUUGAAAUCCUACCUAUUGAUCCGCCCGAGCUCAAUCCCAAAAAGUCAGGGUUUGCCGAAAAGUGGACCAGCCUCCUGCGUCAUUACGAUGCCGUGGUCUGUGGUCCCGGUCCCGGAUCCCCGGAUUCGCCCCAGGAUGUCGGGCUCAUGAAGUAUAUAUGGGAGCUUGAAACGGCACACUUGGUGCCCGUGCUCGGAAUAUGUCUAGGCUUCCAAAGUCUGGUGGUCAGCUGUGGUGGGAUUGUGAAAAAGCUCACGACGGGCUUACACGGCAUGAUUCGAGAUAUCGAUCAUGAAAUGCACCAGCCCAGUUUACAGGACGGGAAUAUCUUUAACGGCGUCCUGCCAUUUAAAGCUACGCUCUACCACAGUCUGCAUGCGGAUAUAGGUCAGGAGACUAUAACUGCAGUUAACUGGGCCACGUCAAAAUGGACUUCGCCCUCUCAUCUGCCAGAUCUCGCCCCCCUGGCUUGGGUAUACGAAGACCGUGGCGAUCAUAUUGAUCGGAUUCUCAUGGGAGUAAAGCACAGGACGAGGCCGUUCUGGGGGCUACAAUACCACCCGGAAUCCAUCUGCACGGACUCAACAGGCCACCAGGUUAUUAAAAACUGGUUUGAAGAAGCCAUCCGAUGGAAUUCUACGAACGGUCGUAUAACAAACCCUGAAUCUGUUUCGCUCGAUGCUAUCACAGCAUUACCACACUCCUGCGCACAUAAGGCUCUGGAGGCUACGACUCCAUCGAAUGGCAACUCGAAAGAUCGCCAUGCAUGGAGUACCACUGACAGUGAAUUGGCAUCUUUUGGGAUCGAUACUGCUUACUAUUCAAAUACUAUAAGUCUACCGAUUCACAUCGAAACCCCCGACAUUGUCGAGAUACUACAGGGUGACAAAAAGGAUUUCAUCAUUCUGGACUCCGCGAGUGCAAAAGCGAAUAGAAUCGGCGCUGACGUGCGGGGGCGAUAUAGCAUCAUCGCUUUAGAUGUGGAUGAGGCGCUGAAAUUAGAAUAUAGAACAGGAGACGGAUAUGUAACUGCCCGCUGUUCUCAGGGGCGGUUUUCUCCACGAGAAGUUGUCGAGAAGAUCCCUCUCGCUCCAGGUCAGACCGUGUGGCAGGUAGUAGCCGACUUCUGGUCUCAGCGCAAGAUGGCAGCAGAUGAGCACUCCGCCCCUUUUAUCGGCGGCUUCAUGGGCUAUACGACGUACGAGCUCGGCCUCGAAGGCAUUGAUGUCAAAUUCACUAAGGAGAAAGGACACGACAGACCAGACCUCUGUUUCGCCUGGGUAACCAAAAGCAUCGUGAUAGAUCACACGAAAGGCAUUCUCCGCAUCCAAACCCUAUCGCCAUCAGAGCCCGAGGCAAAAGCCUGGACAAGUUCCAUAGCGUCUCAACUUUCCGCAUCAGCAAUCUGGUCCGACGGGCUACGCGCCAACUUCAACAAGCGCGCACAGCUAAGCCAGUUAACGCCUCCAUCUACGCCCAAAUCCAGCUCGGCCCGGACACAGAUUCAGGUUCCGGAUGCCGCCGAGUACGAGGCCAAAGUCCGUACAUGCCAAGACUACAUCGCGGCCGGCGACUCGUACGAGCUCUGCCUCACAGACCAAACCCAUAUCAUCCGCCCCCAAAGCCCCGCUAAUACACCGUGCCUCGCGCCCUUAGAACUAGGUAAGCCGCCCCUGACUUCCUGGCAACUAUACCGUAGCCUGCGCUCGCGCCAGCCCGCCCCUUUUGGCUCAUACUUGCGCCUCGGUGGUGCUACGCUCCUCAGCAGCUCGCCGGAGCGGUUCCUCGAGUUCGGGUUCGACACAACCACGGCGGAGGAAGGGGGAUUGUUCUGCUCGAUGCGGCCAAUGAAGGGGACGGUGCGCAAGUCCGCCGCGGUCGCCACACUCACCGACGCCGAAGCCAUCCUCCACGUCCCCAAGGAAGAAGCCGAGAACCUGAUGAUCGUCGACCUCGUCCGCCACGAUCUCCACGGCGUCUGCGGGCCCGGGCGCGUCCACGUACCCAAGCUGAACAUCGUCGAGGAGUACGCGAGCGUGUUCCAGAUGAUCAGCGUCGUUGAGGGCCGGCUACCCCGCAAACAUCCAGAAAACAUGAUAGAUAGGGAAAGCCCAGAAGUAACAGGCUUCGACAUCCUAGCCGCCACCCUGCCCCCCGGAAGCAUGACCGGCGCCCCCAAGAAGCGCAGCUGCGAGCUCUUGCUCGGGAUCGAGGGCACGCACGCCCGCCAGCGUAGCCUAUACUCCGGCGUCGUCGGGUACGUCGAUGCGGCCGGGCGCGGCGACUGGAGCGUCACGAUCCGGAGUCUGUUUCGCUGGGACGAUGAGACUGUCACUACUACGGGUGCUGGCGUCGACGGCCAGAAACUCGAGGUCUGGCAUAUUGGCGCCGGGGGGGCCGUCACGGCGCUGAGUACGCCCGAGGGCGAGCGCGAGGAGAUGUUUACGAAGCUCAAGGGCCCGUUGGGGGUUUUUGAUGAUGAUGGUGAUGGUAGUGGCGGUGGUGGUGGCGGUAGUGGUGGCGGUAGUGGUGGGUGAUAGGGGCUUAGGCAUACGAGGAUAAGGACGAUAGAUAUUGACAUGGGAUCAAGGCAUUACGUAGAUACAUACAUACCUGCAGGUGGUUAUCUACAGCCUGAGAUGUACGAAUCGGAUAGCUGGUGGUUAGGGUAAUGCCUCAGUGCUAUAUGAGGCAUACUUCAACGGUACCUACAUAGACAUGGAUGGGACUGGAUAGGAUAGGAUGGGAUAAGGGGGGCGAAGGAUACCAAAAUACCUAGGGGGGCUCAUUCAUCAUGAUAUCACCCGCUGGAUGCAUAGGUAGGUAGCAUAGCAUAGCAUAACAACAUCAAGAGUUUAAAAGGAUUAAAAAAUAAAAAACAGAAACCGUUUCUUCUUUCA